GAAGGGUCUUCAAGCAGUGACACCUGCAACGCUGAUGCAGGUUAGCAUAAAAAAAAGUAACUAAAUGAGGAACAGCUACUGAAUACCAGUAGUUACAACAGUAAACAUGUUUAAGACUAUUUUAAAAUUAUGUUACCAUUUCGGAAAAAUUCACUCAGAAACCAAGAAUGGUAGAAAAGAAUUCAUUAAAAAAGAUUCGUCUUCCCGGUAUAACUUCUUGAUUUUGACGCAGUUAAUAAAUAUAGAAACGAUGUGUGAUAUAAUUCAUUAAAAUGUAGCUUUUGCUCACUUAAAUUUGCCUAUCCCUUGUUAUCUUUAUCUACAGUAUCUACACGAAAAUUUUACAUAGGUUGAUGAAGCAGAGCAAAAAGACACUGAAGUUUAUGUAUGCACGAUUAGCAACGUGGGACAGUUACUUGAACCAUGAGCGUGUAACGCCCGCUUACUGGGGCGUAUGGAAGACUUGCGCACAACUUUAAUGACAUCAUUUAUUAUGUUGUGGAAAAAAAAAGUCGUCCCUAAAGUGUACGUUGUUUAUAGUGAAGAUCGAAUUUUUCAACUGUAUUAAUUUUAUCUACGUUCUCACUGCAUAGAACUCGUCAAUAAAUAAGAGGUAAGGUGGCAAAUGCGACGGGCAACAAUAAAAAAACAUAGCUUAAGGCGGUUUUAUACUGGGUCCGUAAGCGGAACGCAAUCCUUCCUAAUUCAUUGGUUUAAAGUUUAAACAAAGGAAUAGUGAAUCCAAAAAGUAGAAAAGCGACUUGCCGUAUAGCCAAGCAUGACCAGUUUACGAACGUAACUAUUUAAAGACGUAAAAUUAAAGACGUGUUCCGAUUUAUAAAACGCGUUUAUCGUAGAAUUUCAGUAGCUCAUGAAAAAGACAAACGUGCGCGUUUAAACACCGGCAUUGAUGUCGCGUGCGAAUGUUUUGUAUUAUCCAAUUGAAAUGUUUACAUUGGAAAAUGUUAGUCAGAAGAUUCAGUUUAUAGCAACCUUUUUGCAAGCGAUAGGUACAAAUAGCUGGUCGCAUUCGGGGUUAUUGAAAUCACUCUUUAUCGACCCCUUGAUUUCUAUAAAUUCUCUCUAUGUUCUCGUGACCAUUGAAAAUUCUAUCUGUCUAUUAUGUAGGUAUCCAUUGAUUUAAUAUUCAUAUUGUAUGCGAUAAAUAGAGUACAGUUUUCAGGGAUAAUCAGAAGAAUAUGGACCACCGCAAUUUGUAUCAGAGGAUAUUUUGACUAGCAGCCAUAUUGAUAGUUGAGGUUUUGAAAAAUGAAAUGGUGCAUAUAAACGCCGAAAUUGUGAAUUUUACUUAGUUUUUGAAGUUUUUGGUCAAACUUUACAUACCUUCGAACCGAACAAAGCAAUAGUAAACAGACAUAUACAGUAUAUAUGCAUAAUAAAAUCAACAGAAAUUGUAGAAAAAUAAAACAAUUCAGACCACAUAAACUUACUAUUACGUUGCAUUGCCUGAUAUUAUUUUUAAAAGGUUUCUUAUGCUUCAGACAAGAGCUUUGACCCGGGGGUUAGAUUUUACAGGAGUAUGAUAUAUUAUAAUAUAUAUGUUGAGACGUACUCAACGACUGUUGAGGAGAGAAAAACCAUUUAUCAAAAUUCACCAAAAAAAUUUGUAAGGAUUUCCACGUAAAAUUAUUAAUCAGAAGCAGUCAUAUAAAGUGCAUCGCUCAUCUGAAUAUUGUUUUAGCAUGGGAAAGAGACACAAAGUGUUUCUUUUACCCAGUUAUACCAGAAUUUUGCUGACGCUGCAGUAGUCAUUUUGCCUUCGUGAGUUUGCAUUCGGGCAUGGCUUGCUUUUUUCUUAUAUUCCAUGUCGGUUUUGUAAAGGAGAUAGAAUAUUAUGUCUUCUCAAAACCGUACGCUGAUCGACAUCGGAGAUUAUCUUGUAGUUCAUUCCCAGAAAUGGCAGUUCAGUGUGAUUCCAAUUUCAUGAGAUACGUGAUUAUUCUCCAGUCGUAAACAGUCGGAAGGCCGUGACGAUAUCGACCUGCUUUUAUGUUAUACUAUUUAUACAUUUAAUCCAUGAGUAUGGAAUACAAAAAUAUAACAACGAUGCCAUUUUUAAACCACACUGAGGAAAAUACAAAUUCAUUUGCAUCCAUGCCAGGUUUUAAAGUGAUUUUUACCCUGAUUCUCAUUGUGAUUAUGUUUGGAAUGGGAUGUGCUGUGGACCAUAAAAAACUCAUAACAAAUUUGAAGAAACCUGUAGGUAUCAGCGUUGGACUAGGAUGCCAGAUAUUUCUUGUUCCAGUUAUCACAUAUGGAUUGAUAAAAUUGUCAUCGAUGACACCUCUUCAAGCGCUAGCUUUAAUGUUAGUUGGAUGCAGCCCAGGCGGAAGCAACAGCAACGUCAUAACGUACCUAAUACAUGGAGACAUAUCUCUGAGUGUUGCAAUGACGUCCUUCAGUAACAUGCUGGCUCUGGUUACAGUUCCAAUGUGGCUUUUAAUUUUUAUGUCAAUUGAACAUAUGGACGACAAUAUCAAGAUACCGUAUGAGUCACUUGGCAUCACUCUUUUAUCUAUUGCAAUUUCGAUAAUUCUUGGAAUGGGAUUUCGUUACAAAUAUCCUCAGCAUUCCAAAAUUAUUCCAAAAGUUUGUUCUGGAAUCGCUCUUGUUAUAUUACUAAUUACAAUUAUUGUUCUGAUCGUUGUGACGAAAGUAGAAUUCAAAUUUGCAGCAGAAACAAUACUGCCUACGGCAUUUCUACCUAUCAUUGGAAUGGUAAUUUCGUACCUGAUUGCUUGUAUUCCACCGUUAAAUUUACAAGGAAGAUCGAAAAAAGCCAUCGCAAUUGAAGUUGGGAUACAAAAUAGCGGAUUGGCUAACUCAGUAUUAUUUUUAACUUAUGGGGACAGACCCCAGUGUAUAGCAGAAGUAAUAACGAUUCCUUUGAUCUAUAAUAUAUUCCAAACUGCAUACAUUUUUAUAAUAGUCUCUGGCUAUCGGAUUUGGUUUUGCCAACGUAACAAACGACAGCAGGACGAAGAAAAUGUUGUCGGAGUUGCGAAUGAUGACAAAUAUGAGAACCAGCAAGUGAGAUUUACGGAAGCAGAUCCAUUUUGCACAUCAGAAAAGGCGUAGAAUACCAUUUUACCUACGUUCCGCUCUUACUUUUAAUAAUAUUUUGGAUAUAGCAGUAUAAUGAUGAUAUAUUAUCGAUAACUUCAAUGGAUUUUUCUAUGUACAAAAUAUAUAUGUUAGCAUGUUACUUGUUAAUAAAAAUUUUAUUAUAUCAUGUUCCUAACCACGCCAAAAUUCAAGUUUGAUUUUUAAAAUAGGAUUAGUUAUCGCAACAUAGCAAAUUAUCAGGUUCUAGCAGUUAUAGUCUUGUCACUUCAACAAGCGAUUUGUUUACUAUGUUGUUUUCGGAAUUUAUUUGUAUCGUACUUGUGACUGUAAGAUGCAAUAACCAUUUGAGAAUUUAACACCUGGCAACGUUAGUUGGUCACUAAACAACGUUUUAUUCGAAUUUGAUCUUUACGACUCACAGCCGGAUGGAAUUAUGGAACUAAUCAUAAUGGAUUUACGAGCGAAGCUCUAAUAGGUCGUACGUCCUGUCAUUGGUGGUAACUUACUCCGAUGACCGCAUGGUCGUAUCGUUACCACCCAUAGUCUGCACCGAGAACUGUUUUGCUUUUUAAUAAUUAUGUUUUUUGUUGUGUAUAUGUUUUCUGGUGAACAAAACAAAUAAACUCUCUCUCUCUUAUUGGUCAUGGCACCUCAAUCCGAAGCCUCUAAUGCUUAAGCGUUGCUGGAUAUACUCCAAGUUCCCCAUUUAUUACAUACUCAAUGGCGUCGAAUAUUGUCGCUCAUAAAAGCGUAAUAUAUGUUUGAAAAUGUUCGAUAGUGGAAAAACUCCCAAAUGGGGUACGUGAGAACUACCUAUCCUUCUAUGCCAGUGGUUCCCAAUCUUUUUUGGCACAUUGGCCUUUUGUCAAAAUCCUAAUUCCUCCCCCACUACGCAUGAAAUUUUAUUUGUAUUUGUUAUUCUUCAUUUAACGAAACAUUUUCUUGAGAUACGUGCAACUCUCAAACAAGUAACUAAUUAAGGAAG